AUGAUGAAGCGCGGCGUCGGUGGCCUCAUCGAUACCAAGGAAAGUAAUGAUGAGUCAGAGGAGAUCAUUCAAGCCAAAUGCCAUUACCUGCAGGCAGAGGUUGAUUGUCGCGUAGUUUACAAUCUUCAAGACGAUGCUCAUGUCAAUGCUGAAGAGGGGAAGGAUAAUUAUAUUUGUAGAAUUUUGGAGUUCUUUGAGGCAGUAGAUGGCACACCUUACUUCACAGCCCAAUGGUUUUAUAGGGCCCGUGAUACGGUCAUUCAAAGCUGUUGCAACCUGAUUGAUGAUAAACGUGUAUUUUUAUCAGAAGUGAAGGAUGACAAUCCUCUGGAUUGCCUCGUUGAGAAGCUGAAAAUUGUUCAUCUGCCUUUAAAUGUUGAUAUGUAUUCCAAGAAGGUUGCAAUUCCAGAUUGCCACUAUUACUAUGACAUGAUGUACUUGUUGCCAUAUUCCUCUUUUGUGAGCUUGCCACCACCAGAUAACAUGGGGCUGGAAGUGAAUCGGAUUCUACAAUCUCCAGUGAGGCUGAUGUUGCAGGAACUGUGGGGGGUGUUGAAAUUUUUCAAGUUGAAAAGCAUAAGAAGUGCCAAUAGUUCUGGGGUUAAUGUGGUUACUAAAUGGGCUGUUGACUUGAAUCCAUAUGCAUGCAAGAGCCUGAAAUUGAACCACCCUGAGACUGAGGUUAGAAAUGAAUCUGCAGAAGAUUUCCUAUCUCUGUUAAAGGAGUGGGAGAAGCUCUGUGCUUCCUUUUCAUUAAUAGGUUGUGGGGAUUCACAACAGCAACAUCUAGAUCCAACAAGUAUAGAAGGUGAUCAAGGUGAUGAUGAUGAUGAAGCCAGUGAUGAUGUGGAAGAUGAUGAAGUAUUUGAAGUUGAGGAGGUGUUGGCGAUAUGUUAUGGUGACCCUAAUGAAAUUAAGAAACCCGGACUGUAUCUUAAGUUUUCAAAUAUGUCUGUCUCUAGAUUCGUUGGAAGGGUUAUGGGCCAGAAGAAGACACCUGGGAGCCUGCAGAUGAUUUAG